GAAUGAGUCGUUGCGAAGUGUUUGCAAUUUGCAUAACUGCGCUAUUAAAGCGAUCAAGCUAUACGUAAGCGUAAAGUCAUAAUUAUUUUACGAUUCUUAAACCGGUGAAUACGCAUGAGUCAAGUUUUCAUUUGACGCGUCUGUAAAAAAUCUAUAAAGUGCAGUAUAUGAUUGCAUUCUACCGAUUCAUACCCUCACAUUGCCGGAAAUCGAUUGUUGACGGUAAUGCGCGCGGCGCUUAUUUCGUCAAUAUACGAGAAAUUCCUCUCAUCCGAUAAACAGACGAGCAAACGAAAUUCCAUACAUCGGAACGUGUCGAAUGCGUGUAAGUGACGUUUGCCGUUGUACUAUAAUCAGCCGCAAAUGCCCUUCGCCGCCUGUACAGCAGGCCCAAAACUGCUGCUCGCGUCGUCGCAUCGGCCGAACGAGGCGCAGGAAAAAAAAGCGACCGAAAAGCGACUACACAGAAAAAGAGAGACAGUUAUGCACACAGCAGGUUGUACAACGCCGCUCUCGGCUCGGAGAUAACGAAGCAGGGCCCCGUAUCUUAUCUGAGAGAAUACCUACCUAUCUUUUGUACGGCGCGAAAGGUGUGGGCGCUCAGUCUUACGUCGGCGGCGCGCGCCAGACCCGAUACUUUUUUUCGGCUACACGGACUUGAAUUCGGCUUUCCGAAAAUUUCGCUGCAUCGCGCGGACGCGACAUGCGCGCGUAGGCGGACGACCGGAUUGUUUCUUCGUCUGAAAGUUGACUGCUUCGUUUUGAGUUGGCUACGAUUUGUGCGUAUAUGCGACAUUCGAAGGAAGAAGGAGCAGAGAUGAAGUUGCAGGCGAGGUGGCUGGCGGUGUUGCUGUGCUUCGUCGUCGCGGGAGUGAGCUGCCAGGAGAACGCGAUCAAGAACAUAUCCCCGUCGCUGCUCGAGUGCUACGACGGCGACACCUACGAGAAAUGGAACCUCCUGCCGCACAGCAUGGAAACGCUCAUCGCCAUCAUCCGCAAGAUCGAGGACUCGCCGGGCUUGAACAUGGACUUACGACAGCUGUCCACGGCUAUUUUGCACCGCUUCCGCCAGGACGGCAUCGUGAGGAACCCGCGAGUCAAACCCCAGGCUGGUAUCAUGCCGUACGCGCCUCUGGGCAAGCAGUUCUUCCGGCACGCGCAGACGCUGCGCGUCAUCCCCGGAAACGCCGUCACCUUUCCCAACAACAGUAUUUCCGCGCUCGAACGGUGCACUCUGCACUCGAUGCUGUCGAGCAGUAUCGACAUCUUCGAGCGCGGCGACGAGAGUCGGGUCUGCAAAGUUGCCAACUACGCUUACAGAAGAUAUAGCCGAAGUGCCGACCUUCAGGAGAAGAACGUCAAGGAAGAGGUCGAAACUCUAACAGCCGAACAACUGGAAAUGAUGAGCAAAGCCGACAUGGUUGAUCCGAACUCCCUGUACCCAGCGCUGCCACCGAAUCAUCCGAGCAGCGCACGACUCACGGACUUGCCGCCGCACAGCAGGUGCCCGACGGAAAACGGAGUCGUCAAAACACGGUGGGGCACCGUUUCCGGCGGCUCAGUGCUGGCGGGAAUAGCGGCAGGUCUGACGCCGCAGCAGAUAAGGAUAGGCGAUCUGAUAAGGCAGACCGAGCAGCGGGUCACCAGCUACUCCAACGACGCCAGCGUGGUCAACAAGUUCCUCGGAACUCUGGCUGGUGACCUGGCGGAGGUGGCGCUGCUGCAAGGGCCUCAGCUGUCGGGUCGCUACAUCCUCGGCGUCGACGGCAACUGGAAUUCGAGUUCCCAGCCGCUGUACUACUUCCUGAACAGCAACGAGAACCUCGAGAUGACGGCCUCGGAGGUGCGCGGCGACCUGGACGGCCUCAUACUGGCGAACGAGCUGCCGAACUACUACCCGAGCAAAAUCGGCGGACUCAGACUGUCGCAGGUCCUGGACAUGUACUACAGCAAUCGGGGUCUGUUCGAUCGGAAGAACAGAGCCUGCAACAGGCGCGCGCAGCUCUACGACGUAGCCCCUACUCCGCUACUCACUAACCAGACGCACAACGCUGCGAUAAUCCUCAGCUCUGGGAUAGCGACGGCCACCUUCUCGUCGGAAGCCAUCCAGAAAUUCGCCACCCAGGCGGUAAACGAACUCGGAACCCUCGUGCCGACGAUGAACAGCGACACAUGCGACAACAGGAAAUCCUCCAAUAGCUUCGCUGACGUCAGCGAGCCCGCAGUCGAUCUGACCAUUAUCCUUGACACGAGCUGGCCGUUCGAGAACAUCAAACCGAUUAUUUCACAGCUGUUGAGCGGCCUCAGCAUUUCCAAGUUCAACAGCAACGUCACGAUCAUCAAUGGACAGGAUGGCUCGAUCAUGAUCAACUCCACCUACGAUCCCAACGACUUCCACUACUUGUUCAAUCUGACCAACUACCAGAAACUACCCAUGAAAGGCUUCGAGCUGUCGAGAUCAUUGGAGAAACUUCGCACUUAUCAGACGAACAAACUGAACGACGAAAAGCGACAGGGCAGAGCAGGUGGCAAAUCUGACGUCGUCCUGUUCGUGCCGUAUCAGGCCAAUGCACCCCAGAGCGACAAGGAAUAUUGCUUGUCGACCAUCAAGACUAUGCAGGAGGAAGUUCCUGAUGCGGUGAUCCUAUUCUUGACCUACGGAUCGAAGGAUCGAUGGGGCGAGUACGUGCGCGAGUCCAACGAUGAUCUGUUCUCCGUGAGCAUCGGCGAAACGACCGAGUCGUAUCCCGCAGUCGAUUCCUUGCAAACGAGAAUCAAGCAAAUUCCAAGACGUCUCUUUAACACGCAAUGCGGCGCCGACUACGAAUCCACUGAUCCACGAUCGUCUAAAGCUCUGAUGGAAACGGUCGUUCCUGGCGGAUCAAACUUUUACAGAAUUCAUCCGAAUUACUUCUCCAGUGACGAUACAGAAAAUCCGCCAAGAAUAAGGAUCCAAGCCUCAGGCAUAGGUUCGCUUCGCGUCUGCUCGUCGCGCGAACUACUGCACGUGAACACGAGCGAAGCUGCGACAUCCGCCAACUGUAUCUCUCUCACGAGCAAUUCGCACAUAAUCACAAUGAACUGCGAGGACGCAAGCUACCUGCAUCAGUGCAAACCGUACUAUGUGUCUGUUAGCUCGAACUCCACUGGUCCCAGUACCUUCGCGUGCAACGAUCCAAAAUUGUGUCGGUAUCCAGACAGCGUCAAGUACACGAUCUCCUUUGAGAACCUCGUGUGUAAGAGCGGUGCCAGUACGUUAUUCGCGGUUCCUUUGCUUUUACUGUUACUGCUCGCUCAGCUAAUGCUCUAAAGUAUGGACAAACCAUUACUAUACGUAUAAGGUAUAUGCAAUCAUUCGAUGUCGCACUGCCACAAACAACAGAACGGAUAAUAAAAGCGCCUUCGACUAUCUUCAUCCCAUCAAUGCUUUUUCUACAUCGUGUUAUAGAGAGAGAGAGAGAGAGAGAGAGAGAGAGAGAGAGAGAGAGAGAGAGAGAGAGAGAGAGAAUUGCGUAUUUUUUAAAACAUCAUUUUUUAUUACGAAAGACACUUAAUCUUAACUCUAUAUAUGUGUAUCUGUACAAAUUUUAGAUUUUUUUAAACAAUUUUUUUUCACAAAUGUAUAACCGUGACUUUUUAAUAUUUAAAAAGUAAUUUUUUAUUUGUUUAAAUAAAAGGUUUACAAAUUGAUA